AUGCCGAUGGUAUUUCGAGAGAUAUCAAACAACGACGAAGCCGAAUACAGAAAGGACACAGAGGGCUUGGUGACGUGGAGCAAUGAGAACAACCUCUCUCUCAAUGUCGGCAAAACUAAAGAACUGAUCAUUGACUUCAGAAAGAAAGGAGGACAACACUCUCCUAUCAACAUCAAUGGAGGAGAGUUUGAGCAGGAUGAGAGCAUCAAGUUCCUCGGAGUAACGAUAACCGAUAACCUGUCAUGGACUUCCCAUGUAGAUGCAACGGUCAAGAAGGCACAACAACGCCUCUUCUUCUCAGGCAACUCAGGAAAUUUGACUAAACCUGUUGCAUUCGCAGUACGGACAAAUGUUGGCUAUAGUGCAGCACUGGAUAAUGAUGUCCCUGUCCCAGGCAUGGCUAUCUCAUUUGAACCAAAGGAUUUCCUACAUGUCAAAGAAAAAUUUAGCAAUGAUUGGUGGAUAGGACGGCUGGUUAAGGAAGGCUGUGAAAUAGGUUUCAUCCCGAGUCCAGUCAAAUUAGAAAACAUGAGGUUCCAGAAUGAUCAAAAGGUGAAGCAAGGAAAAUAUCACUCAAGUAAAUCAGGUGGAAAUUCAUCUUCCAGUUUAGGUGAUGUUGUGCCUAGUUCUAGGCGAUCUACUCCUCCCUCUUCUGGUAAGUAGAUUAACAAGUUCUCU